AUGGCGAGCGGCACCGGGAAGGCGAUGGGGUCGUCGUGGACGUCGGCGAUGAGGUCGUCGUGCGUGGGCACCGUCGAGGCGCUCAAGGACCGCCAUGCUGGGCUGUGCCGCUGGAGCCACGCGUUCCGGUCCCCCCAGCAGCUAGCUAGUGCUACGGCGGCGGCCGGGAACAGCAAGAGCAAGGCGGUGCCCGCUGCCGGUGGUGCCGCGGCGAGGAGGAAGGCGAGGCAGGAGCAGGAGGAGGAGCUACGCACAGUCAUGUACCUCAGCAACUGGGGCCCAAACAACUAG